CGUAACAAACGACACGCUUCCAAUUUUCACGUACAUACUUCUAGAGCGGCGGUAUCUAUCCAGAUUAGGGUUUGUAAUUCGAAAAGUUUCUCUCUUUCUCGAUUUUUCCAAUUUUCUCUUCGCGUUUCUCUCUGCUUCAAUUCUCCUGAGAUAAAAGAAAACCCUAACCCUAAGUCUUGGGGAAGCGAGCAAAGAUGGACGCGAAUGAAGGCGGUGAUGGGUUUGGCGACGGCGUGGGAGAUCCGAGUGAACAGUUCCAUCGGAACGAGGCUAUAUCUGCUGUCGCGGACGAGGGGUUUCUUGGAGAAGAGGAUGAUGACUAUGAGGAUCUUUAUAAUGAUGUGAACGUUGGCGAGAAUUUUCUCCAGUCUCUAAAGAAGAACGAGGAUUUAGGGUUUAGGAAUGAGGAGGUUGCGGAAAAGUUGCCACCUAAGCCUACUACAGUAACUCCACCUGCGCAGACGCCUAGUGCUAUAGGAGGGGAGAGGAAGGCAGAGAAAGAGGAAGAUGGUGGGACGAGGAGCUCCGGCAGGUUGGAAGGUUAUCAGAGUAUGGGGUUCAGGGUGAAUGAAAUGGGAGCUAGAAGUUCAAGUGUUGCAGCAGGCGGAUCAGGGACUCCAGGUGGGGAGCUUAGGGUUGAGUUAGGUCACUCAUCAGGUAAAGUAGCUGAUUUAGAGGAGCAGGCUGUUAGUGGAAAUGCACAGAAUCAAUGUGUGGCUCAGCAGCCUCAUGUUGCUCCUGUAGGAAAUUUAGUUAAUGUAGGAAUAACAGGAAAUGAUAGUAUGGCAAGACAAGGAGGUGGGAAUAUGAGUGCCAAUAUUAGUGGUGGUGGAGCAUUUGGAGUAGGCGGUGGCGGUGGAGGUGGCCCGGGUGGUGGUACAGUUCUUUUUGUUGGAGAUUUGCAUUGGUGGACAACUGAUGCUGAGCUGGAGGCGGAGUUGUGCAAGUAUGGACCAGUGAAGGAAGUGAAAUUUUUUGAUGAGAAGGCUAGUGGGAAGUCAAAAGGGUAUUGCCAGGUUGAAUAUUUUGACCCUUCAGCUGCCACAGCUUGCAAGGAAGGGAUGAAUGGUCAUGUUUUCAACGGCCGACCAUGUGUUGUAGCCUUUGCAUCUCCAUACACUGUGAAGAAAAUGGGCGAGGCUCAGCUAAACAGAAAUCAGCAGAUGACCCAGACUUCUGCCCCCCAAGCAAGGAGAGGCCCUGGUGAUGCCAUAGGUAAACCCAGUGGUAAUAAUAUUGCCACAGGUGGUAACUAUCAAGGUGGUGGGGAUAACAAUAGAGGAGGUUAUGGCAGAGGAAAUUGGGGAGGUAGGGGAGGUGCUCAAGGGAUGGGGAAUAGGGGUCCUCUUGGUCCUAUGAGAAACAGGCCUGGGGGUGUGGGUGGACGAGGUUUAAUGGGAAAUGGAGGUAGUGCAUUUGGGCAAGGUAUUGGUGGCACACCACCGAUGUUGCAUCCUCAAGCAAUGAUGGGUCCUGGUUUUGAUCCUGCAUUUGGAGGGCCUAUGGGACGAAUGGGUAGCUACGGAGGAUUUCCAGGUGCUCCAACUCCACCAUUUUCAGGAAUCUUGCCUUCAUUCCCACCCGUUGGAAGUGUUGGGUUGCCUGGUGUUGCCCCCCACGUCAACCCAGCAUUCUUUGGCAGAGGGAUGCCUAUGAAUGGUAUGGGAAUGAUGCCUGGUGCAGGUGUAGAGGGGCCGAAUAUGGGAAUGUGGUCUGAUAUGAAUAUGGGGGGUGGAGGAUGGACUGGUGGUGAAGAGCAUGGAGGUAGAGCUGGUGAGUCAAGUUAUAAUGAAGAAGCUGUAUCUGACCAUCAACAUGGAGAAGUAAGUCAUGAUAGAGGGGCUUGGCCUGGUGGCCUUAAAGAAAAGGACAGAGGUGUGGAGCGGGACUGGUCAGGUUCUACAGACAGAAGACAUAGGGAUGAUAAGGAACCAGGAUUUGACAGGGAAAUGCCUCGAGAAAAGGAUACAGGACAUGAUCAUGAUUGGUCAGAGAGGAAACAUAGAGAUAGCAGAGAUAUUGGAAGAGAGAGGGAGCGGGAGCGGGAGCGUUCUAGAGACCGUGAUCGUGACCGCGAUCGUGAUGUCGACAGGGAUCGGGAUCGCGACCGUGGACAUGACCGUGAGCGUGAUCAUCAUAGGGAUGAAAGAUAUGCUGCUCAUCAUCGGCACAGAGACCAUGAGCCUGAAUACAAUGAUGAUUGGGACAGGGGAAGGUCAUCAAGAACUCACGCAAAGUCAAGAGUGUCGCGUGAGGAAGAGCAAAGAUCAAGAUCUAGGGACACUGAAUAUGGGAAAAGGCGUCGUUCUGAGUAGUUUAUUUGAGGACAGUUAUCUAGAAAAGGAAUUAUAAACUACUUGAACUGAGGGGUUUUUGCAUGCAUAUUGAGGCCUUUGUGGUAGCUUAAUUCUUGACUGCCUAGCUUCAUUGAAUAGCCGUAACCUUUGGUAAUCCUUUUAUGCGUCAAUGCUGGGUUCUUUUCCACUUUUGUGGUGUGCGACUCUCUUAGCAUUUGAACUUGAAGGACAUAACUCUGUAUGCUCAAACUGUUCAGCAGCAGUGUGGGGCAUCUACGAGAUGGACUACUGUAGCACGGCAUGAAAUGGGCAUUAGACAAGAAGGAUAUGCUAGUUGAACUUCAUCAUUGUUAGCCUCAUUUUGCAUUUAUAUUUUAGUUAAGUAUGAGUUGAACAGACCAAUAUUGGUUGGUGUUGGUGAUGAUGCUUGUGACUUGAAACUGCAGAAGUCUGAAUGUGGUAGAUUAAUUUAGUUGUAUGGUCUAUGAAUGUGAUGUAUUAGGGGAUUUAACAGAGGUUGGUGCUAAUUUUCUGUGUUUUCUCGGGUUUGUAUUGUUUUUGUUGAUUUUGUAUCGUACACCCAGGGUUUUUGAUGGGUACACAAUGUGAUCAAAUGAUCAUGCCUGGCGAGGAUGAUGCCUAUGCCUAUGACUGAUUGAUGACUCGAAAGUGCUGAAGUCUGAUUAAUUAGGUUGUAUGCUCCUUGAAUGUAUUUAGGGAUUUAACAGUCACAGGUUAACUUUGUAUCUUAUUUUAACCUGAGUUUUGAUGGGUUCACAAUAUGAUCACAGGAUUGUGUUUCUGUGAUGUGUACAUACAUAGACAGAUUCCUCGGAUGAAAUUGUAAAUGGAGACUACUUUCUUGUACAUACAUGUGACAUGGAAAGCAA